AAUGUUUUUUUUUAUAUAAAUCAAGUUAAAGGACGUCUUGUUAACGGAUUUCAAUCUAUUUAUUUUAAUUAUUAGAUUAACACUUCUUAAUCAGGAAGAAUUUUUCACAAGAUUACUGGUGAUAUGGAGGCUUUACCAGAAGAAUUCGAACAGCUUAUUGAAACCUGCCGCAUCGCUAAAUCCAAAGAUUUUGAAUUGAAGACAAGCGAAUAUAUUGACGAAACAAAUCGACUAAAAAUUAUUAUUAAAGAACUUGGCAUAUCACCAACCGAUCUGACAACUUCAGGGGCGGAAACAUUAGAUUUCCUUUCAGAGUACGCCUGUCUCAUGAAUCUUUCCAAUACAGAUUAUGAAAGUUUAUGCUGCUCAGCAUACCAUUUGGAGAAAAAUUCAAAAGCAGCUCAAGUUAGAUUAUUGAAGGUUGAUAGAGAGUUAAAGCUUAUUGAAAAAUAUAUGGAACGAUUAGAAAAAAAGCAAAAAAUGCAUGAAAAAUUUACGGCAAGAGUUAUAUCGCGAAUGGAAGAAAAACGAACCGAUGCUGCCUCGUCACUUAAUCAUAGUAAAAUUCUAAAACAGAAAGCUGAUCAAUAUAAUCAUAAAAUUAAGAUAAUUCAAGAAAACUUACAAAAAAAUGGUUUCAAAGAUGAAUAUAGUCAUGAAAAUAUUGCUAAAUUAUCCGAAGAGGUAAAGCGUUUAGAUAAACAGCUAGAGCCUUUGAAGUCGAAACUCUCAGCUUAUAAAGAACUUCCUCCUGAUAUCACACUUUUACGAAUCAAAGUAGAGGAAACUAAAAGGAAAGUUGAAAGUCUGGAGAAAGAGAUAUCAGAAAAGAUAGGAUCUCUUCAACUAUAUUUGACAUAAAGCUACUUUUCUUAUAAAAAGCAUUUUUUUUACGCGCAUUAACUCAUAAUAAACUGCUUUCUUAAGGUAUUUUCAAAGAAAAAUAGCAAGUGUCAUGCGAUAUUUGACCGGAUACGAUCUCUAAGUGGUAUAUAAUUCAAAUGAAUGAAUAAGCCUUGAAAUGCUUAUCUUAGUCAUUAUGGAGCUAGCUUUCAACAUGACUCCUGAACGUAAAAACCAAGUGUAAUUGUCAUCUCUAAGCAUAAAUUCUCGUACAAAAUUUUAUACCUCAAGUAUAAUUAUUUAAAUUCAACAAAACUUAUAGAUAAAUGUCUAUAUAAAACAGAAAAUAAAACAGAAAAAUUAUACAGAAUACGGAAGGUAACCUCAAAUAUCACUUAAUAUUUGUAAAUCACACAACUUUAACCAAAAUGUUUGUUCAAAACUUCCUAUUUAAUGAUUAGCAUUGAUUACAAAAAGUAAUCUGGUUGUGGUUUUUUAGCAGGUAAGGGGCCUCGAUGUUCUUGGGGAGCAGCUUCAAAAAUGUUAAAAUCUUGUUUCAAAUUUUCGUCCAAGUCCAAAAUGGCUGCGACAUUUCCGCAUCUAUAACAAUAAUUUGGGGCUGACCAAACCGUUAAAACAGCUUGAUUGAAGUGAUAACGAUAACCCUCCAUCACCAAUUGGUGAGCUCUGCAUAUCAUUUGAAUAGAAUUUGCUUUGUUGAAUUGCUCAACUAUAUCUGAGCCGAAGAGGUAACCAGCUCCUCUGGGGCUCAUUCCCCACCCUUGAGUAUCUUCCGGGUCAGACCAGAGUAAAUCACACAUGGGUCCGUCGUGUGGAACUUCUACUUUACGGUCGAGCAAGCGAAUUUGAUCGAUUGUUUGAAUUGAAGGUGAUAAUCCUCCGUGCACACAAAAUAUUUUCCCAUCUAUUAUAGCUGCCAGAGCAAGGUAGUCAAAUACCUCCGUACAGUACCUGAUAAUAAAACAUAUGUUAGCAUGAAAUUCCUUAGCAGAAAGUCAAGUAUGUAAAUGUGUAAAUCAUUUAUUGCUAAUCAAUAACUUAUGCUGGCCUUUUGUUAUUCAAUCAACUGUUUAGGUGUAUUAUUCAAGUCGUAAAAAACUGUUUUUUGCAUUAUAAUUGUUUUGAUAAAACCUAUUUUUUUGAUUUGUACUAUUCAUGAAAUUCUUAUGAAGGAAUAAUGUAAGCCUAAAAUAAAAAAAGUCGUAACAACAGGUUAGCGAUUAAAAACCUUUGCAUGCGAUAUUUAAUCAUUGGAUGGCAUACUUGGCAUGAUAAACUAAUUGUGGAAAUAAAUCGUUUUAUCAUCAAGAGACAAAUUAAAUAGAAUUUAGUUUAAGCAUUAUCAGGAUUUGAUAAAACUCUUUUUUCAUAUAAUUAAGUAGACUAAUGAUAUUGUGUAACAUACUGUGACGAUAAAUUAAUGUUAAAAAUAGAGUAUACUAUCUAAUACUCUUUAUUGGAAUUGCGAAAGAAAACAAAGAUGGCGCCAAAUAACUAACUUUUUAAGUUUUGAAAAGUAAAGCUGGUACUGACCUCCAAACAGUGAUCGAACCAUAUUUUCUAACACAUUCAUCAUAAAAACCAUAUACCUGUGUGAUU